GUAAUUUAAUAUUGUUGCUGUUUCAAUGUAUCACUUACACUUGUUGCUUGCAAACGAAAACAAAAAGUGAAGAGCAGUUCAAAGCACUCAACAACAUAAUUCUGCGUCAAAUGUGUGUUUAAUUUCUGCAAAUUCAAAGUGUUUUCAUUUGGUUUUAUUGUCGGUGAAAAUGAAUAAACACAUUACUUUGAAACAACAAUCGUGUAAAUUCGUUUUUUCCUCAUGCUAUUUACAAGUGAAGAGAAUGAACGACAAAAGCAGAUAUUCACGCAGACAUUGAAAACGAAAUCAUGGUUACACCGAAUACUGUGUGUGUUGAGAGACAUAAUGAGACUUUGCGCGCGAUUGUAUUGCUAAACACUCCGAUUGAGUACUCAGCUGUUGCUUGCUGAUGAAGAUCGCAACACCGUCAGUCACACAAAGUCCGUCAAACAGUUAACAGUUUCGUUUUUGUAUAUCUCGUGUGCUUGUACACUGUGUGUGGUGUUCGUGAUUUUUAUUUGGUUAGUUUAUUGCAUAAAAAUUGCGGCAAAAUUGUUGCGAUUGUGAUUUUGUGAGUAACUGGUGUAAACAGAGAAAAAAAAACAAUAAAAAAUAAAUUAAUACCUAUGUUGUACGAGAUAACACAUUGGCAUCUAUAACGAAACUUAAUAUUUCGGUGAUUGAGCAACAAGUGUACGACUAUCGAAAACAAUUUUAACAGAUCUAGUGUUCGGACAACAAGAGAGCGAGAGGUGUUUUGUGUGGCGUGCGUUUUGGAUUUUAAUUCAACAUCACAAUGGUGAGCGGAGUGCUAGAUGUUAAAGAGCCUAAGCUGAAAUAUCCCAAAUCGGUGGCUUUCAUCAUUUGCAAUGAAUUCUGCGAGCGGUUUAACUACUAUGGCAUGCGAACGGUGCUCGUGCUAUAUCUCACCGGAAAGUUGGCGUACUCCAACGACGAUGCUACGGUUUUAUUCCAUGUGUUCGCCAGUUUAGCAUAUUUCUUUCCGUUAAUUGGUGCAAUCAUAGCAGACAGUUGGCUCGGGCGCUUCAAGACGAUUGUAUAUUUGUCGAUGAUUUAUGCUCUGGGCACCGUGGUGCUAACACUAGGAGCCGUGCCCACAUUAAAUCUUCCCACAAAUCAAGUGACUGUGCUGGGUUUGCUGUUAAUUGCCAUGGGCACGGGUGGUAUAAAACCGAAUGUGUCGGCAUUUGGUGGUGAUCAAUUCAAAUUGCCAGAGCAAGCGAAGCAUUUAGCCACCUUCUUCUCGUUAUUCUAUCUGUCAAUCAAUUUGGGAUCCAUGAUUUCGACAUUAUUGACACCGAUUUUGCGUGAGAACGUGCACUGCUUUGGCGAGCUCAGCUGCUAUUCGCUCGCAUUCGGUGUGCCGGGAGCAUUGAUGGUCAUUUCGAUUCUAAUUUAUGUGAUUGGCAAGCCGUUUUAUGUGCUGAUCCCGCCAUCGGGUAAUAUUAUCGUGAAAAUCGGCAAAUGUAUCGUGCAAGCGUACAAAACUCGGUCAAAAGAACGGCUGACCAAACCGCGCUAUCAUUUUCUUGAUUAUGCCGAACCAAAGUACGGCAAACAAUUGGUGUACGAUGUUAAAUGCUUGGCAAAAAUACUGGUUUUGUACAUACCAUUCCCGCUAUUUUGGGCGCUAUUCGAUCAGCAGAGCUCACGAUGGACGUUUCAAGCCGCCCAAAUGGAUGGCUUUAUCUCACAACAAUACUCCAUUAAGCCGGAUCAAAUGCAAGUGAUGAAUCCGCUCAUCGUCGUUUUUUGCAUUCCGCUGUUUAACUUCGUUAUUUAUCCCAUGCUUGGGAAAGUCAAAAUCAACACGCCACUGAGGAAAAUGGCGCUUGGCAUGACAUUGUGUGGCUUGGCGUUUGCCAUGUCUGGAUUCCUUGAGCUACAGCUAGAGAAAACGUAUCCGGUGAUGCCUAAAGCAGGAGAAGGGCAAUUGCGCAUUUUCAAUGGACAGUCGUGUGGCUUUCAACUUCAAACCAAUUUACCAUCACACGAGAAAAUCUACUUGGCCCCGAAUUCAGCGUGGUCCGAGAGACACAUCACAUUCAAAGAGAACGAGCCAUCGAAAACCAUUCAAUACAACAUCACUACAGAACCGGGCAGCACUUGCGAACCAAUCUCAUUCAACGGAGACCUGAAGAUUUUUCCAGAAAAAGCAACGACCUACCUUUUAGCCGCAACCAAUGCAUUUGUGCAAUACGAAGAUUCACUCGCUCGCUCCAAAUCCACUUUGCCACUCCUUCGAAUCUUGAUCACAUCGUGGGUUAACAGUUCGGAUGUGAUCAGUAAAGAGAUUAUGAUUCAAAAUAUGCUCAAUGCUCAUUCAUACAAAUUACACUCAGAUUUGAAUAAACUGCACGAAGUUGAGGUCGGCAGCUAUUUUGUAUGGGUCGAUGGAAUCCAAGUUGGUGGAUUUGAACUGAAACACAACGCCGCUUAUUCGGCGGUCAUCACUCAAAUUAGUCAAUAUAAUUAUACGAUGACCGUUCAUACAAUAACGGAACCACCUUCACUGCACAUUCUAUGGCAAAUACCUCAAUACGUGAUUGUGACAGCGGGCGAAAUCAUGUUCUCUGUCACUGGAUUGGAAUUCUCAUUCACUCAAGCACCAUCGUCGAUGAAAUCAGUUCUACAAGCAUUUUGGCUGCUCACUGUGACUUUUGGCAACAUUUUUGUUGUGAUCAUCGCCAAGAUCAAGGUUUUCGACACGCAAUCGGGCGAGUUCUUUCUGUUUGCUGGUUUGAUGGCCCUGAAUAUUAUUCUCUUCAUCUUCUUGGCCAAGAGAUACAAAUACCGGGCCGUGAUUGAAGACAUCGAGAACGAUGAGGCGGCCACUCGAAAUGCGAAUAUCAUCAAUAUGAACAGCACUCCAGCAUUGAAUGAAACAUUCGUAGUUGACGGUUUUGGGCCGACUGCAGUGGCAACAUCACAAUCCAAUCCGCGCUCAUCGUUGUCAAACGGCAGCAAUGCUAGUGAGAAACUAGAUUCUAGUCCAAAAUGCUUAAAACGCAAUUCCAAUGGCAAAAACGGUGUCGACAAAUACGGAUACACAGACAUUUAAGUGGAAUGGAAUGUCAUUUGUCCCGCGGAGACAAUUUUUUGUGAUAUUGUUAAUUGUUAAUUCUUUUUAUUGUUAGAAACCAUUUAAUGUAACAAACUUGUACAUGUAUAUUUCUACUGUUCUGUUAUUCAAAUUCUGGUUCUAUUACUGUUACUUUUGCUUUUACUGUUACUGAUUUUAUUCCAAUGCAAACGAAAUACGACUUUUUUUAAACAAUUUACUUUCUUCUUGUCAUUGUAAUCAAUUCAGAACUGUUUAAAUGAAAACUACCCAUUAACAUUUAACAUUGUGAAAUUAAAAUUAUUUUGUAUUUUUACGAUUUUUUCCAUCUACAAUCAAACUACUUACAAUUAUUUUAUUUCGAAAAUAAAGACUAUUUUUAAAGAAGCUAA